AUGCAACGCGGCGAUUUCCAACAUGGCAGACAGCGGCAGAAGCGUCUUCAACUUCAGCUGCAAGAUAAAGUGUUGCGUGACAGCCAAAUUGCCAAAACUGAACUGAAAUUGGAACGGGAGAGCUUCAUCUUACUGGCUGUUUACAGGGAUGCCACUAAGGUACAUUCUUUAGACUGGUAUUUUGUUGCAUCACAAGGAUUUGACUUGCCGGAUUACUUUGAGGUCGUAACUGUGGAUGACAUUCAAGUCUACUACUUUGACAGUAAUAUGAAAGGCGAUGUGCCUCUCCCUGAAUGGCUGAGCAGCACAACUGCACGGCAACACUGGAAUUUCAUUCAUUCCAGAACAGAUUUCAAUAAAAGAACUAUAACAGAGGCACUGAAAUCAGCCACCCAGCAGUUCAACUUAACAGGUAUUUCCUCUGAUGUUAACAUUUAUCAGGGCUAUGGAGGAUGUCACCUCCAUCCUGAUGGAACUGUGCAAGGCUUUUUAACUCACGCAUUUAAUGGAAAGGAUUUUGUAAGCCUUGAUAGUGAGAACAAAAGAUUUACAGCCGCAGUGCCUCAAGCAGUCCUCUAUAAGACACUGAGGGACAGAAAUCAAGACAACCUUCAAACCCUUGUCACCUUCUACAACACAAGGUGGUGUGCUGAUGUAAUUAAGGAGUUCCAGCAACAAAACCCCCAACUCCACAUGAAGAAAGCUCCUGAGAUCUUACUCUCUGAGAAGCGAAAAUCUGCCACUACAGAGAUCACAUGUCAUGUGACUGGGUUCUACCCACGAACAGUGCAGGUUCAGUGGUUUGGGUCAGACAUGCAGCCUGUGGUUGAGGAGGUGGAUAGUGAAAACAAAGUGCUACCAAAUGGAGAUGGGACUUAUCAGAUAAGAAAGAGUGUUGUGAUACCAGCAGAACACACAGACAUACAUCACUACAGCUGUGUGGUCCAACAUAGCAGCAUACCUGGAAAUAUCACCAAAGCCUGGGGUAAGAUCCUGCUGAAUCCAAUACUGAUUUAUCACUUUUAA